GUGUGUAUAAAUAUUAGGUUUCUGUUCUUUAAACCUUAAUAACUCGAAUAUCGGAACAGCUAUUCUUCGUCAUUACCAAUAAUAACUCGGUGUAUUAAAAGAUUGAUUCGCUCUGUCACGAUAAGGACGGUGUACAAACACGCACGGGCACCUGCUCGAUCUGAGAAAAACGGGACCUGUUAUGGCAUGUCGCCUUGACAACAACCAACCAGUGAUGCUUAAUUCAAACCUCGUGACAAUCGACAUCCAAUCAGCGCGCGGUAUUUUGAACGUAGUACGUUUCUUUGUCCCCCAGAUUGACCAACAGAAUUUUACUACUUUACUACAACUGGAAACUUUACUACUGCGUCUCAUGUACUUGGCAAAUGGGCAUCUACUGUGAUUACCUGAAUCCAACAUUGACGUAACAGGACUUGAUAUACUACAAUAACGAAAUUUGCCGUUUGUGAGACCUUUCAUUCAACUUGUAUGGAAAAUUCUUAUGUGUGGAAAACCAGUAAGAGAGGAUCGGAUUUAUCAAAACACUGCAGCUCUCCAGUCCAGCCACAUCUCUCUUACAUGCUUCUCUGUGAAUUACUGAAAAUGGAUAUAUAUAAUCACAAUGAUCCAGACCAUUUGUCAGUAAUGGACAUGAUGGAUGAUAGAAAUGAUCUGGAUAGUUUGUUUCUGAAUUCCGACAGGCAGGAUUGUGGCUUGGAUCCAAAGUUAGACACAGUCUCAGUACUUCCUGAUCUCGAUGCAAUGGACACUGGUGUUUCAGCUACGGGAGCAUUCGGGGAAUUUGACUGGAUUCAAGGCCUCCAAAGUGCGGCACUUGCACAGCUACAUCAACUGUCAGAAACUGAAAAUACCGAUCCGAAUCUUCUUGUAAAUCCACAAACUGCCAUUCCAGUGCACCUGCAGCCACCAGCUCAUACGCAAACAGUACGUGAUGCUAUGUUGACUGAAAAUCUGAACAAUGUGAGUGUGAUCGUGACGAGUACCCCAACAACCACCCUAUCCCUUGAUUCCUUAGGAUCACAGAAUACUGUGUUUACUACACAAAGUGGUUUUGCAGUUUCAAAUCAAAACAAAAAUGUACUGUCUCCUUCAGAAAGCUCGCCUGUAUUGGUGGGCCACCUACAGAACGGAAUCCGUCCCCGAUCACACAUAACAGUUAACUUGCCACCAGCACCUGGACAAAGCGUCAGUAUAUCUACCCAUGCACAUACUAAGAAAGACACGGACAAUAAUAAACCGACAGAGAAAAUCUUCCCAAAACCUGUCUAUUCAUACAGUUGUCUGAUAGCCCUGGCUUUGAAAAACAGUCAGAAUGGCAGUUUACCUGUCAGUGAAAUCUACAACUUCAUGACGGAAAACUUUCCAUAUUUCAAGACUGCUCCUGAUGGUUGGAAGAAUUCGGUACGACACAAUCUGUCUCUGAACAAGUGUUUUGAGAAAGUGGACAACCCUAAAUUGAGCAGCAAUGCCAAGAAGGGGUGUCUGUGGGCCCUCAAUCCUGCCAAGAAAGACAAGAUGGAGGAAGAGAUAGCCAAAGGAAGCAAGAAAGACCCAGUCGCUUUACACAGCAGCAUGGCCUACCCAGAGAGGCUGGAGAAGAUUGAGCGUGGUGAAGCUGGACUCCACAUGGAGCCAACCACACCAGCGGCUGCACCAGCAGCUCCCUGCGCCCCGUCAGACCUCACUGCCAACUCACACACACCAGCCAAACCUGAUGAUCUGUUUGCAUCAGAACUUCGUGAUCUCAACGUCCUUGACUCCAACUUCACCCUCGACCCCUCACUGUCUGACCUUGCCAUGCAGCAUGGACUAUGGGAUGAUGAUCUUGCAAAUGACCUCAACAUUGACAUGAGCCCCCAUGUUGCUAUGGCAACUGUGGGGUCACCUGUGGCAUCGUCAGGCUCCUCCAGCAGUUCAGGUAGCGCCUUGUCCUAGGAUCAGCCUAGGUAGCGGGUGUUUGCUGGUCUGCCCGGAGCCACCUUCCAUGGGACGUGUGUGUACACCUCUAGUCCAGUUGCUGGGCUGCGGUCACCAUCGCCAGGAACACUGACCGCAACGCUGCUCAGUCUAACCACACCAAAUCGCACACUGUCUGUUGCUCAGACCUGACUUGAUGGCCACACUGUUAUGCCAUUUAAUUCCUUGAAGUAUUUCGUUUUGAUCUCGUGACAUACAUUUUGAAACAUAUUUCACCAUUUUACUGCCGUUUUAUUGCAUUUAUCAUUUGAAACACUGCCAAUACGUUUGUGGAGAUAAUAACAUCAAUGCUGAACUGCAAUAUUAGCCAUUUAUAUUCAAAGUUUGAAUGUAUAUAUUGUUCCAGUGGAUCUAUGUUCUCUAUUUAUUUAAUGUGCCUGUGUUUUCCCCUACCGGCUUCACUUCUGUGUUCGAAAUCAAGCAUGAAGUCAAGGGUCUUUGUCAUAACCCUAACAAUUUAGAUUUAGACCCCAGGACCUGCCAUAAAUUUGAACAUGGUAGUGUGUUGGUGUAAGUUCACCAUGUAGGUCUUUACACCAGUCUUGCUGCAGUGUGUUGGUGUAAGUUCACCAUGUAGGUCUUUACACCAGUCUUGCUGCAGUGUGUUGGUGUAAGUUCACCAUGUAGGUCUUUACACCAGUCUUGCUGCAGUGUGUUGGUGUAAGUUCACCAUGUAGGUCUUUACAACAGUCUUGCUGCAGUGUGCUGGUGUAAGUUCACCAUGUAGGUCUUUACACCAGUCUUGCUGCAGUGUGUUGGUGUAAGUUCACCAUGUAGGUCUUUACACCAGUCUUGCUGCAGUGUGUUGGUGUAAGUUCACCAUGUAGGUCUUUACACCAGUCUUGCUGCAGUGUGUUGGUGUAAGUUCACCAUGUAGGUCUUUACACCAGUCUUGCUGCAGUGUGCUGGUGUAAGUUCACCAUGUAGGUCUUUACACCAGUCUUGCUGCAGUGUGUUGGUGUAAGUUCACCAUGUAGGUCUUUACACCAGUCUUGCUGCAGUGUGUUGGUGUAAGUUCACCAUGUAGGUCUUUACACCAGUCUUGCUGCAGUGUGUUGGUGUAAGUUCACCAUGUAGGUCUUUACACCAGUCUUGCUGCAGUGUGUUGGUGUAAGUUCACCAUGUAGGUCUUUACACCAGUCUUGCUGCAGUGUGUUGGUGUAAGUUCACCAUGUAGGUCUUUACACCAGUCUUGCUGCAGUGUGCUGGUGUAAGUUCACCAUGUAGGUCUUUACACCAGUCUUUUAUCGUUAACCUUAUAUUUAUGGACAACUGUUUGCAUAUAAAUUUGCUUGGGUAAUUCAAAUGAAAAUAUAAUGUAUAUUUUAAUAUCUGUAUAUCCUAUAGCAUGAUACUGUGCUUUGUCUAUCAGUUUAGAUGGGAAAACGUAACAAACAAAAUGCAAGUAUAACGUAGGUUGUAUAUGUCUUUGAUCAAAAACAGUUUGUUUUUCUUGACAUAAAGUUUCAGUGGCAAGAGACCAAAAUAACAAUGGAGUGGAUAGGCAAAUAAAAUUAUAUAUAUUUUUUAUUUAUUUGGUUGAUGGUGUUUGGCUGUAAUUUGUAAUUUGGAAAACAAAAUGUGGUAAGAUGAUCGUUCUUUUUAAAUAGAUAAGCAUUUCAUGCAUGACUAACAUUUAUAUUUUAGUUAUGGACACUUGUCCUGAAAUGUCAUUUCUACGGCAAACAUAAUGUUUUCCUUGUGAGCCACUGUUCCUUGUUUGUUUUAGCAGGCAGUGAAUGAUUGUUGCAUGAUGGACCAUGCUUGCCAUAAACAAGGAAUUAUGGGGAUAAAAAUGUACUUCCUCCAAAAAGAAUGCUGGUUGAAACUUUGGCAGUAACUGUAUAUAAGUAUAUCCUGAUAACGUACUGUCAUGAGUUACUUAAAGUGCUGCUAAAUUUGAUGUUUGGAUGAAAUGCAUGUGCAUCACAGACCUCUAGAUGUAGUGCUUGCAGUACAUUUGUCAGGAUAUAAAUGUAGUCUAUAUGGUCAACAGUCUGAAGGUGGCCUCUCAUAGGAUUUUUUAUUGCAUAUAUGUCCCUUUUAUUAAAGUGACAAACUUACCAAAAAAUGAAUUCUGCUAUACUUAUGAUCUAAGUUAGUUCACUCAAAAUACCAAUAUUUCAUAUUUCAAUGAUAAUAUGCUAUGGGGAAUGCCAUGUUUGGAUGUUGUUUUGCUGGGGAAUAUCAACUGAAUCUCACCUGAUGGUGUUUAUCAAUCAUUAAGGGAAACACGGACUUGUUCAGGGGGAAAGACUUCGGAGUGGGUGUGUGGUUCUGUAGUGCAAGGGGCGUAUUCACCUGAUGGGGGACAGUAGUGCAAGGGGCGUAUUCACCUGAUGGGGGACAGAAGUGCAAGGGGCGUAUUCACCUGAUGGGGGACAGUAGUGCAAGGGGCGUAUUCACCUGCUGGGGAACAGUAGUGCUAGGGGCGUUUUCACCUGAUGGGGAACAGUAGUGCAAGGGGCAUAUUCACCUGAUGGGGGACAGUAGUGCAAGGGGCGUAUUCACCUGAUGGGGGACAGUAGUGCCAGGGGCGUAUUCACCUGAUGGGGGACAGUAGUGCCAGGGGCGUUUUCACCUGAUGGGGGACAGUAGUGCAAGGGGCGUAUUCACCUGAUGGGGAACAGUAGUGCAAGGGGUGUAUUCACCUGAUGGGGGACAGUAGUGCUAGGGGUGUAUUCACCUGAUGGGGGACAGUAGUGCAAGGGGUGUACUCACCUGAUGGGGGACAGUAGUGCAAGGGGCGUAUUCACCUGAUGGGGGACAGUAGUGCAAGGGGCGUAUUCACCUGCUGGGGGAUAGUAGUGCAAGGGGUGUACUCACCUGAUGGGGGAUAGUUUACUGCCAUUGAAGAGAAGCCAUGCUGAUUGAGACUUCAGGUGUGAAUCAUGAAUCCUACAAUGUACAAUAUAAACUAUAAAACCAACAAGCCGAAUGUGUUCAUGUUCCUUGACAGUAUUGUCACAAUUAACCUAUAUCCUGUAAAUCAUAACAUUAUUCCAUCACUAAAUUAAUGUGAGUGUCGACCCCUGGCCUUAAAUGUGUCGUGAAAUUAAUGUGGGGUAGCCAUGCCUUUGAACUAUAAAUUGUAGAAGACAGUAAUCCAUGAUACGGUAUGGGAAAAUAAUAGUUCAAGUAGAUAACUUCCACAAACUUGACUGACUCAUGUGUGGUCACAAAUGAAAAGCACAAAAUUCCAAUACAAAUAAAUCAUAUUCCAAUGAGAUAGGUCAGGUCACUGUCAAAGAUUUACAGGUUUCAAGUGUUUUUACGUGUUAAUGAGCAGUGUUGUGUAUUCACCAUGACUGCUGUUGCUGUACUGGACAUUUUCAUAAUGUGAGGAAGCAGUGUUUUGCUUGUAAUUAUAAGAUUAUUUGACAAGAUUACAAUGGAAAGAGACCUCGUCAUACAUGGUUGGCAACUUCUUAGCUGCUUGAUCAACUUUCGUAAAGGAAGUGACGACACUUGACACAGAACUUGAUGAGAAGCCCUAUCUAAUUCUAGUGCUCAGUGACAUUGGUUAUUGUAAGCUCUGUUAUGUAUGUCAUCGUUUCUGACCAUGUGCAGUGAACUUGACAUGACAAUAUACUCCAAUAUGUCCCGAUAAAAAUGUGUCACUUUAUGAAUUCGAGCAACGACCACUCGCUUUUUUCACAUUAAUUUCAUGCUCGCAUUUUAAUUUCAUGAUUUACAUUACCUAUUUAUUCUGGUGCAAACAAGAUCCUAGGAUGUAUCCACCUAAAGAGCAACAGUUAUAUGUUGUUAAUGUUUGUACAUAGAUAUCCAUGGCCGUCAAGUUUAUACUUUGUUUACAAACAUUUUAAAUGUUAUGUAUAUGAAGAAAACCUAUUUAUCGUACUGUUACAUGUUGUUGAUGUAUAGUGUAUGUUGAUGUCCCCUUCAAGAAUGGACUUAAUAAAGUCAGGCUCAACAUUUCCUUCGUCCUUUUUACUUGAAAUAGUUGAGUCAUUUUACUGAAUAUUUGUUGUAUUCCUGAUAUGUGUUUGUGUGAGAUUUUUAAAGAAAUACUUCAAGCAUUGGCUUCAAAACUCUUUGAAACUUAAAAUAGAAGCUUAAGUGAGCAGAUUAGCUGACACUUGUUCUUGGUGCUUGUGUUUGCAUUAAUAGUGGCCUUUCUAACUAAUGCGUGCAUUAUACCAGUUUUAACGCUUUAGUUUUAUGGUUUAGAUUGACUAUCAUUAUCAUUAGCUACGGUAACUCCUAUCUCUGUGCUACUCCAAAUUGGUUCAUAGGCAUUACCUUGUCAUCCUUCAACUUCUAAGUAGACACAAUUUUAUGGAUAACAACUUCUUUAAAACUGUCUUGCUUGACAACGGUAUAAGGAUCUAUACCAAAAUGUCGCUUUUUACAGUAAUAAAGAAGUUGUUUUCCAUAAAAUUGUGUCUACCUUGUCAUCUGAGAUACACCCCUAUGAACGAUUUUGAUUUUGACUUGACUGUUCCAUAGUGUUUUCCUACUACAUCACAGUUCCAAACCUGCUUUGCACUGUAUAUGCUUCAGCAAUAAACAUGUACAGUAUCUUCAUCUGAUGAAACAUGCAACAUGAUUCACUUGGCUUCAAAUAUGAGUAUUCAUAUAUUAGAUCCUGCAGCAAUAUAUUUACUUAUGAGUUGGAAACUGGACCAGUAAAGAUUGUUUUUCUGCCAUUGUGCUCGGUGAUGGCAGCCAAAAAUACCUUAACUGCAGCUACUUCUCUGAUAUCAGCAUUGCUUGACUGACCUCAGCGCUGCCUCUCUUAGCUCAGCGUUGCUUCACUGAUCUGUUUGGCCUUGUAGAGUUUGUAGUUGUGAAUGAUUUUGAGUCAAUCCUUUUUCAGCCUCUGCAAAUGUGUCCUAUUGUGUUUACUAGUAUUUAGUUUGCAGUUACUGUUUUCAGAUAUCAAACAAUCUUAGACAUAUUUUGUCAAGCACAUCAUCUACCUUGCCCCAAGAUUAGGAGGUAGCUUCUCGGGAGUCAGUCAGUCAGGGGGGUCACCAGUCAACUGUACCUAGUUAUCAGAGUGAUUAUUCAUGUGCCCAGUUGUGGGUCAUGUUGUCUGAUUGUUAUAUAACCAUAGUGCUUAUAUAGUGACUGUAACCUGGUUCCUUUUGCUCUUUUUUCCAUUUAUUUUCUUUACAAGGGAGACACUGCAUGCAGGCAAUCAUACACACUGUUGUGUUUCCUCGUAGUCCAAGACAACAUUGUUAAGUGUUUGUUAUGUAUUUUAUCUUCCAACUUGUAAAGAAGUCCGAUGACUUAUUUAGUUUUUGCUGUAUUGUUGGAAAUUAUGUGAAAUGGCAACGAUUCAAAAUGUGAUGUGCCUUACUUUGUGUUCUGUCAUUCCAUCACUGGUCAUACAUGGUUGUUACUGCAACAAUGCCAUUUGGUUGUCCUUCCAUACACUGUUAUCUAAGUGGAAAGUGUACGUAAAUUGUGUACAUAAUGUGUGAAAAAUAUCAAUAAAUUCUCUGAAAGA